AUGAGACCUGCACAAGGGAUCCUAGUCCACUCAUUCUUAUUACUAUGGUUUACUGCAAUUUCAGAGUGUUUAAUUCCUAAAGUGAAACAAUAUGUUGCAGAACGUCGUGAAUGCGGAAUGAUCAGACCUUUAGGUUUUAAACAUAACUACAAUUCGUGCUAUAUUUUAGAGUAUGCACUGAAACGUUUUGCAUUACGUCUAGAACAGGUACCACAUAAGAUUAGCUCUCAUCGACCAAAUUUCUGCAAAGUGACUACUGUUCAAAUUAAUAUUGCUGAAGACUGUAAUGAAGAAAAUGGAAAAUUAUGGCCAUCCGAUUCAAUGAAGGAAUCAUAUAUUUUGAAUGUCUCCGAUGGGACCAUACAUAUUCAAUCAGAGGAAAUAUGGGGAGCAUUACACGCUUUGGAAACAGUCCUGCAACUAGUGUUCAGAGAUCAGAACUACAAGGUACAGUGCGGAAAUGUGCUCACUUUACGAUAA